AUGGCAGGGCCUCGUGUGGCAUCGUCAGGCCCAGGGCCAGCGGGCAUCAGCAAGGCGCCUGAUAUGAUCGAAGUCACUUAUGAUGAGUCGGGAUCUACAAGCCAAGCUAAAAAGCGGAAAGCAAACAGAGAGGCAUCAAAGAAAUACCGUCAACGCAAGUCUGAAACACAGCACCUCAAAGACCUUGUGCGGGACCUCCGAAAAGAAAUAAAAACCCUUCGUGAGGAAAAGAGCCGUUGCAAUUCUGAGCGAGACCUCCUUGUUGGCCGAUCAAACGGCUUAAUACCUGCUCACACACUGUCCUCACAGCCGCAUUCUCCGCCUGCUAAAUUGUCUUCGACCUGA